ACCUAGUGCGUGCUUGCGACGAACAAGACAUACAAUUAGCAUUUUUAAUAUUGCCAGUCGACUCCUGGAGAAGGGGCAACGCAAACGCGCUACGUUAGUGUAAAAACAACAUACAGUGGCAGUGUCUAGAUCGGUUGUCAUGUCUGUGAUACGUAAAAUCGUGCGAGUGAAAACUAUAAAUAAAAAACUCGCUGCAGCAUUCACUUCUCGCCGACUGUAUUCAAACCAGUCGUCGCAGUUUAUCCUGCAUUCCGACCUAGAAGAUGUGGAAAUACCUAAGGUUUCACUUGAUCAGUAUCUGUUCGAAAAAACGCACAACUGGCCCCAGCGGAUUGCCACGGAAUGUGCCGCCACUGGCCGGAAAUACACUUACGAAGAGAUUCAAACCAAAAGCAUCAAUUUGAAUCGAAAUCUGCGCAAAAAACUCAAAUUACAAAAAGGGGAUGUUGUCGCGCUUUUGUUGCCCAAUUCGCCAGAGUUUAUCAUGGCCACGAUUGGGGCACUUAAGGCUGGUCUGGUUGUAACCACAUUGAACCCAAUUUACACUCCUGAUGAAAUUGCACGCCAGUUGAAAGACUCGUCAACAAAAGCCAUAAUAACGUUUGUCGAUUUUUACGAACUGGCCAAAGCUUCAGCCAAUUUAUCUCAAUCACCAAUCAACAUUUUAACAAUCAAGACCCAGCAAGGCCAAGCCAUCCCACAAGGUGCUUUAAAUUUUGACGAAUUUACCGAACCUUGUGAUUAUCCGGACGUGCCACCGCCCGAUACCAAUGAUAUUGCAUUUUUACCAUACUCUAGUGGAACAACCGGCCUUCCCAAAGGCGUCCAACUCAGCCACAGGAAUAUUUUGGCGAAUUUGUGCCAGUUUAACGCCAGGGAAUUGUCAGUGAUUCAAGAUACGACUCAGGAGCACCAAGAUGUGAUCCCGGCCGUUUUACCCAAAUUCCACAUCUACGGUCUGACUGCGACAACCCUGCAUUUAUUCUACAAAGGGUGCAAAACCGUGGCCAUUUCUAAAUUCUCUCCAGAAGGCUACUUGCAAACUUUGCGCAAAUACAAACCCGACGUGAUAUUCGUGGCGCCCCCACUUGUGCUAUUUCUUGCAUCGCACCCUUCGGUUACAUCAAACGACCUUCAGUCCAUCCGAUCUGUAGUUUCUGGGGCCGCUCCUUUGGGUGCCCUCGAUGAGGAACGUUUCAUAACAAAGGCCCAGAAAGAUAUCAACAUUUUGCAAGGCUAUGGCCUUACGGAAACCUCCCCAAUGGUGGCAAUGACCCGUGCCGCCCUUAAAAAACUCCCUAAUUCGAGCGGUACCAUUGGCCGGCCUGUUUCCAACACUUCGGUCAAAAUCAUCGACCCCAAUGACCCAAAUGAAACACCUUUGGGGGCUAACACAACCGGGGAACUGGUGGUCAAAGGGCCGCAAGUCAUGAAGGGGUACCAUAACCGUCCCGAGGAAACUCGGGACGCUUUUACGAAAGAUGGGUGGUUCCGUACCGGAGAUAUGAUGUAUUACGAUGACAACAAACUGUUGUUUGUUAGCGAUCGAUUGAAAGAAUUGAUUAAGGUUAAAGGGUUUCAAGUACCACCAGCCGAGUUGGAGGAGAUCAUUAGGGAUUUUCCCGAAGUUAAGGACGCCGCUGUGAUUGGGGUGCCGCAUCCGAAGGACGGGGAAGUACCGAGGGCUUACAUUGUGGGCAAAAACGUGGAUGUGAAUAAAUUGGAGGAGUUUGUCGCGCAGAAAGUGGCGCCUUAUAAACGCCUGAGAGGGGGGAUUGAAAUUGUUGAAAGUAUUCCCAAAAAUGCCACCGGGAAAAUUUUAAGACGCGCCUUGAAAGAAGAGUUCGAAAAGAAGAUGAAGUAAUGUUAAGUCAAAAAAUGUUUAAGGAAGGCUUGUUUUAAAAACAGACAAUAGCAAACUAUGUUAUUUGCGUAACAAUUAAACAUGUAACAAGUUCUCAAAAGUGUAAAAAUAAAAUAAAUUAAGCACA